CGGGAACAAUCGCAAGCUGUGUGGGGAGAACCCUCCGACAUUCCGUAAGUUUGCAUUCCCUCAUCCUCGCAUCGCACCACGAACAAGAUGAACCACGCGUCGCAGUCCCCCUUGGAUUCACCGACGAGUCAGACGAAGACUGCUGGCGCCCUGCACCCCAGCGUCGAAUAUGGGCUCGCGAACAUGAUCUUAGGGAACGAUGGCCCCGAAAUCAAGUUCUACGCGUACACGCACAAGAGUAAAGGAUCCGUCCGCAGGCUGAAGGCGCUCUUUGCCAAAAAGGAAUGGAUGAUGGGGCACUCGGAGCUGUUGGACGACUAUCUGGAGGGGAUCACUGGAAACAAAGCGGCCACCGGAUUCAAGGAGGCACGCAUCGUCCCCUUGGAGGACCACACGCCGGAUGCGGACGAGAGGGUGUUCACGCAGUAUCAUUACAUGUCCGACAGCGACCUCGAGGAGGAGGAGGAAGAGUCGUGUGAGUCUGAUGAGGACGAUGGGCGGAGCUUUACUUCGGCGACUGGAUCAGUUCAGAGGGAAGAAGCAUGCGGCAGCACUACUGAAUCGGAUGGACAGAAUCGAAUGGUGUCCGGGGCAGAUGACGACGCCAGACUCAGCCAAACCAGUGCAGCAGGCUCCUCGCGAGCGGUCCAGGAAAAGGUGCUCGAGCAGAGCAGGCGAAUGGGACAUGCCGUAAUUCUCAAAGGACAUGCCUUUCGAACCUGGACCGCAUUCAUCUUUUAUCUGUACACGGACCAGAUAUGCUUCUCCGGCACGAAAGCCCCGGUGAGACGCGCGCGGGUGCCUGCGUGUUCCGCCAAGUCCAUGUACCUCCUGGCUGACCAGUUCGGUCUGCCCGAGCUCAAAAGUCUAGCUUUUGCGACGCUCUGCACCCAGCUAUCAACCAAAACGAUCGUCAAAGAAGUCUUCUCGCAUUUCACAUCAUGGCACCCGGAGAUCCAGGAUAUCCAACUUGAUUUCCUGUUCGAACAUCUCCCCGAGGUGAAGCAGGACAUGGAUCGGAUGCUGCACUCAAUCUGCACCACCCCGAGCGCGCACUGCUCAGUCGUCCUGCAGAAGGUCUUUGGGCGGUCGACGUCCGCGGCGGCGAGAACGAAAAAGAGGGAGGGCAAGAUCAGCAGCGUCAUCACGCCGAUGAUAUCUCCUCCAGCAUCUGCAGCCGCUUCUGCAGAAACAACCGCAGCACCAGCACCACAGCCCGCAGUUGCACCCGGGCCGCUGUCCGUUCCGCAACAGGCUAACCAGGUGCCUCGUCCGGCUGACGCUGUGGCUCAGCCUAUCACACCGGCACCUCUCCCGGCUGCUAUUUUGCCGCUACGAGCCGUCGCAGUGGCUGAGGCGUCUCCGGCGGUGGCGGCAGCACGAUCCGAAUCAUCGGCGAAGGUAGCAAAAGCCCAGUCGUUGAGCUCAAAGAAAACGACUCGAGAAAACGGAACUAAGGCCAAGUUCCAAUGGUAG